GACUCCCGCCUCGUCAUGUCCGACGCCGACGGCCGCGUGCUCUGGAACACGACCGUCGCGGUCAGUUCAUCACCACAGGCGCCGGCAGCGGCCGUGCUGACGAACGAGGGCGACCUGGUCGUCCAGCGAGCGAACGGCCCCGCGUUGUGGCAGAGCUUCGACCACCCGACGGAUACGUUCAUUCCGGGGAUGAAGAUGCGGCUGAGCCGCCGGACGGGAAAGGGCGACCGCAUCGUGUCCUGGAAAUCCUCCGGCGACCCGGCGCCGGGGCGCUUUUCCUACGGCCUGGACCCCCGCACGUCGCUGCAGCUGCUCAUGUGGAACGGGACGCGCCCCUACUGGCGCACGCCCGUCUGGACGGGGCACGCCGUGACCAGCAUGUACGUCAGCGCCGGCACGAUACUCUACACGGCGAUCGUCCUGACCGAGGAGGAGAUCUCCGUGGCCAUCACCGUUUCCAGUGGCGCGGCGCCUACACGGUACGUGGUGACCAGCUCCGGCAGGUUCCAGCUCCUCAGCUUGGACGGCGCCGCGUCGACCUGGGACAUGCUCCAGUCGUGGCCGACGAGCGGGUGCAGCACGUACAGGGACUGCGGUGCGUACGGGUACUGCGACGUUACGGUGGCUCCCGCGGCGUGCAGGUGCCUCGAUGGCUUCGAGCCGGCGAGUCCGGCGGAGUGGACAGCUUUCAGUUUCGAGCAAGGGUGCCGGCGGAAGGAGGCGCUGCCGCCGUGCGGACGCGGCAGCAUAGGAGUGGGUUUCAUAGCGAUGCCUACGAUGAACGUGCCGGACAAGUUCUCGCUCGACUCCGGCAACCGGAGCGCGGAGGAGUGCGCGGCGAGGUGCGCCGCCAACUGCUCGUGCAUGGCGUACGCCAACCUGCAGAGCAGCAGCGCCAUGGGGGACGUGAGCCGGUGCAUCGUGUGGGCAGGGGAGCUCGUCGACGCGCAGAUGAUCGGCUGGGGCGGCGAGACGCUCUACCUCCGCGUGCCCGUUGCUGCUGCCUCCACAGGUGGUGGAAAGUCCAGCAGAAAUGUAGUGAAAAUAGCACUGCCGGUGCCAGCAUCUGUCCUAUUGCUCACAUGCAUUUUCUUUGUAUGGUUGUGGAGAUUCAGAGAUAGGAGAAAGAAAACCGUGAGCCAGAAGAAGCUAAUGCCCGGGACGGGAACCACAAACACAUGGAGCGAAAUCGAAGGAGAUCACACGGUAGACCUUGAGUUCCCCUCUAUACGGCUCACCGACAUCGUCGCGGCCACCGGCAACUUCUCGGAAACACUCAUGAUCGGACGCGGAGGCUUCGGCAAAGUCUACAAGGGAACACUAUACGGCGGUCAGGUGGUCGCUGUGAAGAGGCUGAGCAAGGACUCGGACCAGGGAGCAGAGGAGUUCAAGAACGAGGCCAUUCUGAUCGCCAAGUUGCAGCACCGGAACCUGGUCCGCCUCCUCGGCUGCUGCACCGAGGAGGCCGAGAAACUUCUCAUCUAUGAGUACCUGCCCAACAAGGGCCUCAACGCCAUUCUCUUUGACAGUGCGAGGAAAUCAGCCUUGGAUUGGCCUACUAGGCUGGGGAUCAUCAAGGGUGUGGCCAGGGGGCUGCUCUACCUCCACCAGGACUCGAGGCUGACGGUGAUACAUCGGGACCUCAAGGCCAGCAACGUGCUGCUGGACGCCGAGAUGCGGCCCAAGAUCGCCGACUUUGGCAUGGCCAAGAUCUUCGCUGACAACCAAGUCAAAGCCAACACCAAGCGCGUUGUCGGGACAUAUGGCUACAUUGCUCCCGAGUACUCGGCGGAGGGAGUCUUCUCUGUCAAGUCCGACGUGUACAGCUUUGGUGUGCUGCUGCUGGAGAUGAUGAGCGGCGUCAGGAUAAGCACAACCGAGGGCAUCAUGGAGUUUCCCAGCCUGACAGUCUAUGCAUGGAGCCUGUGGAGGGAAGGGAAGGCAGGUAAGCUGGUGGAUCCAUCCAUGGCAGGGAGCUGUUCACAGGAUGAGGCUUUGCUGUGCAUCCACGUCGGGCUCCUCUGCGUCGAGGACGACCCGAGCAGGAGGCCACUCAUGUCCUCCGUCGUGUCCAUCUUAGAGAACGGAAGUGCAUCGUCGACGGUGUCACUAUCCCUCCCAACGCCAGUGCAGCCUGGUUUUUUCGAAAUGAUGGGACAGAAGAUCGAGAGAAGCGAUCUCGAGAACACCAGGAACACCAUGGCCAUGACAGUUCUGCAAGGCAGGUAG